AUGGAAGAAAAAGUGGAAGAUGCAAGCGCGGCUUUUGAAGAUUUGGACAAGGUAAAUGAUGAAGCACAACAAUUGUUCGAUUUCGGUGAAAAAAAAAAAAAAGAGAUAACAGAACAAAUAGAAGAAGUUAUAAUAGAUGGAACAGGUAAAGUAUUUGAAAGAGGUGAAAUAUACUCUUACGAAGAAUUACUAAAUAGGAUACAAGUCUUAGUUAAUAAGCAUAAUAUAGAUUUAUGUAUAUCAAAAAAGUAUACAAUCAAACCACCACAAGUUGUUAGAGUCGGUUCGAAAAAAGUAGCAUGGAUUAAUUUUAAAGAUAUUUGUACAAUUAUGAAUAGAAAUGAAGAACAUGUAUUUCAUUUUGUUUUGGCAGAAUUAGGAACAGAAGGGUCCAUAGCAGGAGAAGGGCAGUUAGUGUUAAAAGGAAAAUAUGGACCAAAACAUAUUGAAGCAUUAUUAAGAAAAUAUAUAACUGAAUAUGUUACUUGUCAAAUGUGUAAAAGUCCUAAUACAGCAAUGGAAAAGGAUAGUAGGACUAGGCUUUUUCAUCAACAUUGCAAUGCUUGUGGGGCCAAAAGAUCCGUUACUACUAUCAAGAGUGGUUUCCAUGCACUUGGAAGAGGAGAAAGAAGGAAAGCAAAGCAUAUUAAUUAA